AUGAUGAAAAGGAGUACACGUUCAAUAGAUGUGCCCAAAUUGCGUCGAAAUAUGAAGAAUCGUAGUCGUAUUGCCGAAACGAUGUGUUGUGGGUAUUUGAGCGGGUUCGCAUACGUGAAACUUGUCGUGUUAUGGCUGGUAUGUAUCGCGCUUGAUCUUCUGAUUGGCUUUCGCUUUGAGCUACUUUACCCGGUGUGGUUACUCAUUCGCAAUUGCUACGAUUCAUUUCGAUUUCAGGGUCUUGUCAGCUCGCUCCAGUAUUCUGCAUUCUCAGCAUUUUUUGUAUGUGCAACAGCUACAACUGAUCUAAUAUGCUUUGUGCUCUUACCGGUGCAACUGCUCUUAUUUCUUGCGAGCACUUAUGUUUGGGUGCAAUUUGUUUGGCACACAGGAGGGGUGUUGUCGAGUUGGUUAGGACUGCGGGACAGUUCAUCUUGUGGAGCAGUGUCAACACCCGAAUUGGGAUUGGCAUCAGUUGGUGGCACGUUAACACCUGGACGAGAAUGUGUUUCUUCUUCGUCUUCUUCUUCUUCUCCUUCUUCUGCUUCUUCUACGUCACGGUCAUUUAGCAGCAGCAGCAGUUCGAGUAUGCUUGGUGGCUUCGGUGUGGCAUUAACAGCCGCCUUUGCGCAUUCGUCGUCAUUGACGUCUGAUUUGUGUCGACCGUUUGCUGCACAUUGUAUUGGUUAUCCGGUGGUGACACUCGGUUUUGGCCUUAAAACUUAUAUGAGCUUGUGGCGUUUCAAAAGACGUCAGCGAGAAGUGUCUCGUGAGAACGAAGUGUACGGCAGAUUACUGGCUGAAGCACUGCCUUCGGUGUAUGAAGGCCCUAAGGUUUAUUCGCGAUGUAACGGUGCUGCUAUUCAGGAGCAAGACAGUACAAUCGAUUAUGAAACAGAAUUGCUACCAAGUCUGGCAAUCUGUGCAUCACCGUCAUCGACCACUAGUGGAUUGGGUGCAUCACAACGAAAAAGUUCAAGAACCAGUUCGUCAUGGAAACAAAAUGGUUGUAAGCAGUUGAAUACGAAACGUAUACCAUCGCAUGCAAAUGGUUCACUCCUUACGUCGCGAAAAGAUACGACUAAUCAGAAUAUAAAUGAUGAUGAUGAUACGGCAAGUUCAGCAUCAGCAUGUGGAACGUCACGAAUGUCGUUAUGGCGCUUGAUAUGGGACGUGAUUUGGAUGGUUUUAUCUGUAUUGACGGGUUCAAGCGGCGAUACGAUGUCAUCAUCAUUAGAUGAUCGCAUUUCUUUAUCUUCGAACGAGAUUGACAGUGAUGAAGAGAUGAUGGAACAAGAAGAGACUUCUUUUCAACCUGAUGAUCUUCCUCUACCCUCCACAAGGUUGCUGCCACAGCAAAGGAACACAAAUGUUAAGAAGAGCAAAGGUAGUUGUACACGUCUCAAAGCUGGUCGUAGUCGUGCGCGCAACAUGCAUAAUCAGUCAGAGUAUGUAUUGAGUGCAAACAAUGCGGCUGCACAACCCUUAGUCUCACUGUCGACAAAUUCAUCAUGUUUAACGACUAAUAAUCUCUUGAAUCUGAAUAGUGGUACAGCAGCAGCACAAGAUAACACCCUUUCUUCUUCUUCUUCUUCUUCUCCACCAAACAACGCCUAUACAAGCACUGGCAACACUUCUGUUACGAACACUAUAUUCGUUGCCAGCUCACAACCUUCAAUUGCGUCCAUUCCCAACAAAGCCAACGAUGACUAUGUGACGGUUGAGGAACUGGAGACUCUGAAAGGAGAACUAAGAGCAGCACGUAGUCAAGAGACAGACUUGCGAUGUAUGCUGCAACAGGCAGUAAAUGCUGAAAAGCAAACAAAAGGUGAACUAACACAGCUGAAAAUGAAACAGGAACAGACUGAGAACAAGCUGUCGAAUUUACUAAAAGCACGCGAACAAGACAAAUGUUCAAUACAGUUGCUGGAAAAGAGACUGAUUGAGGCACACGCAAAGAAGAACGAAUUAGAGAAAGAGUUGAAUGCGGAACGACGGAGCAAGUUGAAAGAGGAGCACGCUGCUGCACGUGCACUUGCUGCGGCACAGUCGAUCAAAAGUGUUGAUUGUGGUGAAGCGUGUAAGGCACGAAAAGCUGAUCUGGAAAGAGAGAUACGUGCGACACGCCGUGAUUUGAAGGCAAAAGAAGAACUGACGAGUGUUUAUGAAGAACAGUUGAGACAGCUGAGAGAAUUCAAAGAAAGCAAUGAAAUACAGGAUUUGCAAUCGACAUUAGCGGCAUUACGUGAUAAAAAUCACCAGUUGGAGCAAUCGCUAUCGGCUGAGAAUCGUCUCAAGCAGGAUCUGUUUCGGGUACUCACAGAAACGAGAUCACAAACCGAGAUGUUGCGACAGCAGAUACGAGCAAAAGACGUUGAACUGGUGGAGUUACGUCAGCGUUUGUCGAGCGAAUCGAACGACGCCUGCAAGAUGUGUCCUAGUGGCAAUUCUCGUGGCGCCGUGCAAUCUCUGAACUCAUCGAAUGCUGUCCGAUGCGGUAAUGGUCCGUCAGCUGCGAGCAGUCUCUUAUCACCAGUGGUGAACGGCGUUGGUGGCACGCUGAAGAUGUCCUCUUCGUCAGUGAACAGCGAGCAGAAUAUGGAACUUCUCACUGCGGCACUCUCGAAUGCAGCUAGUAGCGCAUACUUGCCGUAUCCGUUUGGAGGACAGAACAGUGCAAAUGAACACUUAUUAUUCGAUGCGACCGUGAGCAGUGGAGGACCAGGUGUGAAUGCACCUUCGUCUGCAACAACUGCAGCAGCAGCAUCCGGAGAUUCGUUACGCUUCUCGAAUACGACAACCAAAUUCGGUGUUCCGUCAGCAACGUCAUCCACUUCGACAUCAGUUAGAUCAACGUAG